AAUUCGGCCCGGCCGGGCCCCGGGGUUUCUCCUCCGUCUCCGUGACGAAAGAAACCCAGGCGCGGGCGCGGGCGUCCAACGAAUUGGCGGGUUGGCUGGCUAGCCGAAGCCGAAGCCGCCGCACCAGCCUUGGCCUCCCUCGUAACGUAAACCUCGUUGGCUGGCCGGGUUGACGGCGGCACCAACGUUUCCCCUCGCCGCCUCGUUGCCUCCGCCCCCAAAGCAGCCCGCCCACUCCUCGUACAUAAACCCCCACCGGCCACCGUGCCGUACGCCGCUCCCCCCCACCCUCUCUCUCCCCGCUCGCCUAGCAGUGACCAUGGCCCUCCCGCCGUCCUCUUCGGCGUCUUCGCUCUCCGCCGCGUCAGCACAGCCGACGCCGCUCCACCUGCACCUCACUAGCCGGGCACCUGGCCGCCUCCCGCUGCUCCACUUCUCGCGUGCCGCGCUCCCGCUGCCGCUGCGCGCCCGCAUUCCGCGCACCAACAACCCCCCGGGAACGCCCCUCCACCGCGGGCUCCCACCACCACCCUCCGCCUCCGCCUCGCCCUCCAUCGCCGGCGGUGGCUUUGGCAGCGAUGACGCCGAAGAGAACCACGGCGGAGACGGCGGCAGCGGCAGCGGAGCCGGCGGCGACGAGGGUGGUGGCGACGACGGCGGCCACAACGACCACGGCGGGGAGGAUGCCGGCGACGGCUCGCUCGGCGACCCUCGCGGGGAGGCGCUGUUCGUGCUGGCGCAGCUGGGCCGGAAGCUCGACAGCCUGCCGUCUGAUCUCGCCGCCGCCAUCGAGAGCGGCCGGAUCGGGGGCGACAUCGUGGCCCGCUUCAACGAACUCGAGGCCAACGGUUUCAUCAAAUGGCUCCUCACCUUCAAGGGCUUCAGGGAGAGACUCCUCGCCGACGAACUCUUCCUCACCAAGCUCGGCAUAGAGUGCGGCAUCGGUCUCGUCGCCAAGACUGCCGCUGAGUUGCAGAAGAGGGGGGACAAUUUCUUCAAAGAGAUUGAAGUUGUCAUAUCUGAUGUGGUCAUGGCGAUAGUUGCGGAUGUCAUGCUUGUCUAUCUUCCUGCUCCAACUAUUGGUUUACAGCCUCCAAUUGCAAGAAAUGCCUCAGCUAUUGCCAGUUUUUUCUCUAGCUGCCCUGAUAAUGCUUUCCAAAUUGCUCUGGCUGGAAGAUCAUUCACACUUGUGCAGAGGAUUGGAGCUUUUGUGAGGAACGCUGCAAAGCUUUUGGUAGUGGGAACUACUGCUUCUUUGGUUGGCACUAGUGUCACCAGUGCAGCGCUCAAAGCAAAGGCGGCUGUUAACAAGGAUGAAGCCGUGGAAAUUCCAGUUCUCCAAACUAGCAUUGCCUAUGGUAUAUACAUGUCAAUUUCUAGUAACCUCAGGUAUCAGCUUCUGGCUGGUGUGCUCGAACAGAGGAUCCUGGAGCCGUUGCUGCAUAACCAGAAACUAUUACUGAGUGCAAUGUGCUUCAUGGUUCGUUCGGGCAACACAUUCCUUGGAUCUUUGCUCUGGAUUGACUAUGCCAGAUGGAUAGGCGUCCAAAAGGGUCACGAUCACGAAGAGGCCUAAAAGUUGUAGCAGCUUGUCUGCAUGUUCUUCUGUCAGUGGGGCAUGUUCACAAUACCAUCGAUGAUGGCUUGCCUGCCUCUAGAAUGCCGCUCAACUCUUCAUUGGAUUGGAGGCCCCCCCUAUAUAUAGGACAAAUCCCAAUUUUGUUCGGAAAACCACAAGUAGGGAUAUAUCCGUCGAAUUCUCGUAUGCAACGACAACGUCGUUUUACCCCUCAACUUUUCUUUUCUAGCUUGCAACUUGCAACAAGGGCUGUCAUUGUUCAAAAUUCAAAUAUAUGUUACAUUGGGGAUUCCAUGCUGACUACCUAAACUCUAGGAAGUUUCGCUUGUCCUAUUUCAUCUGUAUGUAUGCAUUGUAGCUAGCCUUGUUGUAUUUCCUCAA